UGCCCUAAUGGCAUUACAAACAUAACAGGCACCACAAGUGGGCAUUUCGUGUAUCCAGAGUCUGGUAAUUAUGGAGCAAACGAGACAAAAUGUUGGAGGAUUGAGGUUCCUAAGCCCUACUUCGGCUACGGAAUGACAUAUCACACGUAAGAUAAACUUAACUUUCGAUUCUAGCUGCGAAGCAUAGAAAAAUCAUAAAAAUCCGAAAGUAAUCCUCUUUUUAUAUGCCCUUCACUUAUUAAAAAAAAGGCUCUGAAUUCCAACAGCAAUAACAAUACCAUAUUUAUUAAAAUAGACUGUCAAGAGAUGUGGGCCACGAUGUUGUGUUUAAAGUUACAGGUGCGCAUCAUCAGUGGUCAAAUCAAAAGAUGAAGGUUGUCGCGAAUUUCCCAGAGAGUUACAAUUCUCCCGGCCAAUUCACUACUUAUAUAAUUAUAUCAUUCUCGUCCACAGAACCUCCUGGAGGCCUAAGUAUGAGGACCAGGAGGCUCUGGGGAACUCCAGGGACACAGGAUUUGAAGUCCUAGAUUUCAGGACUUCCGGUCACCUCGGAUUUUUUACAACGUUUCUAGUAGCGGGCACUUGCUCUUGCCCAAGUGUCAAUGACUGUAAAUUUAGGUUAUUCAAAGCUUUUAAAAGAGAAUCCUCCAACUUACUUUUGAUUCGGAAAUGACCGGAAGUCCUAAAAUCUAGGACUUUCAAAUCCUGUGUCCCCUGAGUCUCCUGGUCCUUGUGCUCAGCCCCCCUGGAGGCUCUAGGGACGAGAAUGGAGUUAUAUUUGAAGACAAAUUUAUCAGCCUACCACAAAUUUCCCUCCCAUCAUACAGAUAAGUUCCCCGCAUUUAAUCAAGUGCUUUAUACAAGUACAGGGGCCGCUAAGCAUAUUUUGGAUUGGUGAGGCUAGCUUACGCGUACUGCGAGUUCAACGAGAGCCGAAGUCGCGAGUUAUCUAGCGGGUGUCUAAUGACAUGAAAUUUAUAGAGCUUUUGAAAUCACUGGAAACGCGUUUAUUUCUACCAAUCCUUAGAAAAUUUUGUCCAAUUUUGAUCACCAUUCUGUUAGUUUUCUGCACAACAAACGUACAUUUAAAACAUAAUCAAUAUUAAGGCCAGUUCUCAAAUAACACCACACAGCGUCAGUUCUAGUCUUGUGCCUACUUUAGACUAUUUAAGACUACAACAUUGUUACAUAAUCUCUGCUGGAUCAUCUUUGCUCGCAGUUAGGUUUUGACUCUGCGUGCCAUUGUAAAUAAUCUUUCACCCGUAGCUGCAGUGGCUUGAUCAGGAAGUGGAGGAGUAAACAAGCGAAAUUAACGGUGGGGCUAUAGCCCAGCCAGCCCUCAUGUUCCGCUGUCCCUGAAGUAGCUAUAGUCGGGCUAGUUUCAUGUUAUCUUACUUUUCACUUUUAGCUUUGAAUUUGAAGAGUGCAGAAAUUGUGAAUGUGAUUUUGCAAUAGUUGGAGAAAGCUACGACGACCUUGUUAGUCAGCAAAAUCAGUGUGGAAGAUUCAGUCGUUCCAGUUUAGAAUAUAGCAACAAGUUACGAGGGAAAGGACCCACUCGGAGCGUAGAUUAUUCAGAUAAUAUCUUUAUACGCGUGGUAACUGAUGAUACUGUUCGCUACAAAGGAAUCAAUAUCUCCUACAUCGUCAAGUCUAAUUCGACGUGUAAGUAAUAACUAAAUUACCACUGACAAUUGCUCCUCUGACUUAACCAACUCAAUAAGCUGGAAACCAAAAUAUUUUUCAAAAAUUGAUAGAAAACUGUCACUGAUUCGUGAUUUCUUGAGACACAAAAAGGAGAAUUUCUGGAGAAUUUCAUAAAAUCUAACGUCUGGCUAACCGCCAGAAUCAGGCGUCAGAUUGAAGUGGUACGGUUGGACAAGUCGUCGAGUCGCUAAGUAAAUUCUAGGGAACUAGGCCGAGAAAGAGAUUUUUUAAAACAGGAACGAUAGCCCCGGACGAUAGCGCGUAAGGCGAAAGUAGUCACCCUAAAAACUGGACUUGACACUGACUAGUCCUGAGAAGGAAAUGUGCAACAGACGAAGUUACACUCAUACCUAUAGAACUACCAACAAAAACAAGAUAAAAAGUUGUUAUCGGUAGUUGAACUUCCUGCUAAAUUUACCCCCGGCCCGCAGAUUUACGACCCAGAUUCCUGGUGUUCGCCCGUCCAGCCGUACUUCCUGUUGACCGUUGAGUGGCGUAAUGUCUUGAAUUCGAUGGCAUUCAACUAUCUUUAAUUAAAACUACCUAACGAGGAAUCCCGUAAAUUGAUGAAUUGUUAUAAAUGUUCUGUUAAUUGCUAACAGACUCAUUCACUGCACUCAACCUAACCCAUGGUGGGUUCCUCGUAAUGAACAUGGUGAGAUCAGCAAAGUAAUUAAUUAAGGCCCCGUCAACACAAAUCCGGAUAAUUCUAAAUACAUUUGUUUGUUUGUUUGUUUUUUACAUGAAUCGGCCUUCUGUCUACAUGAAACCAGUGAAUCUGCUCAGCAAAACCUGAUCUUUUUGAAACCUCUCUCCAGAGGGGUUCAACGCACUGUUCACACGAAUGCCCGGAUUCUAUAAAACACUAAACAAUACCCAUAACUUCAUAUUUUUGCCCUAAUUCGCGCAAACAAGGCGAAAACCCACUCUGGAGAGCGGUUUCGAAAAGACGCGGUUUCGGUGAGCGGAUUUUGGCACUGGUGUCAUGUCAACGAAAGACCGCCCUGCAAAACUAUCCGGAUUAAUUCGUGUGAACAUGGCCUCAAUUUCAGGAUUACGGUCUUUAUCUAUCGCUUCUCUUGUAGUUGGUGCUCAGAGCGUCUUAAAUGCAUCUGAAGAUGAGACCAUCGAGUUUAGCACCCCAAAAUUUGGCAUCAAAAACUACCCUGCAAGUUUCGCUUGGAGUUGGUUUUUAAUCGUUCCUCCAGAACACCAGGUACAAAUCAAUUUCGACUCAACAUUCGAACUGGAGCAAACUACAAACUGCGAGAAUGACUACCUGGAAGUCCGAGAAGCCUACGCAAACGAACCAAUUACCGACCCCGCCGAUCUUAGAGGAGAGUAUGGGGUAAUUCUGUCCAAACCUGUAUGUGGCACUAAUAACCCAGGCACAAUACAGAGCGUGGGUAACAUGGUCUGGGUACACUUCAAGACUGACAGUAACACCACUACUACUUACAGAGGAUUCAAAGCCUCCUUUAAAGCAGGUUAG